AACAAUAAAAUUUGAUUUUUCAAAUUCCGUCUGCUCGAGCCGGAUCUUGUCCUUAUCCGCAAUGUCUCGGAGUUGUUUUUCACGAAAUCAUCCUGAAUUAAAUCCACAAGGAGAUUGAAAGAAUAUAGUCUGAGCAAAAUUCAAUCAUUUUCUCCUAAAAUGCCAGCACAUCUUAGACAAUAAGUCGAAUUUGGAUGAGUUUGGAUUGAUAGUGACAGGUGUGCGUCGGUUUACCAAGGAUACCAGUGACGCUUUGACGAGCCAGCGCUGGCGUGAUGAUGGCCAGCCCCGCGAGUUCGAACAGAAGCAUGAAUACCUCGGUCCCACUUGUCAAGUUUGGUGUUGUUUGGUUCACUUUCCUCGCAGGAACGCUUGUUUUCCUCCCUAUUACAGCAGGUCAGUCCUGUGGUGGAUCGGGUAUUCUCAGUGAAGUGGAGUGUGCUGAUGGUAGCUGUGUUUUUAGUUUCUAUAUCUGCGAUGGUAUAUCCGACUGUCCUGAUGGCUCUGAUGAGAGUGAAGCUACUUGCAAUGAUGAUGUUUCUGCUUGUGAUAGUAACCCAUGCAUGAAUGGAGGCACAUGCACAUCAGUGGAUAGAACAAGCAGUAAGGUUGCCUAUUAUAAUUGUGAUUGCCCAUCAAGCACACGCGGUGACCAAUGCGAGAUUGUUGUCACCACCCAGCCAACAACAGAGUCUACCACGCAAACCACAACAUUGCAGACAGAGGAAGCCACAACACUGCUUCCACAAACAACAGUUAUUGCUACAACGGAAGCAGUGACAACACGCCAGUCUACAACUAUUGAGUUGAUUGAAACCACGAGGGCAACAACUCAAAGUUCUACCCCACCGUCGCAAUCUACAACCUCUCCCACGUCCACUAUGCAGAAUACACCAACAACAAUCUUGCCACAGGUCACAACACAGGCUCCUACUCCUACCACACAGCAAACAUCUGCUCAAUCCACGGCUCAGACAACAUUGGUGGAUUCAUCUACUGCAACGUUGUCUACAACAUCAGGGAGCACAACGUGUGAGGUGCUUGAUUGCCAGAAUGGAGCAACAUGUAUACAGAUUGGUGUUAUGGCAGUGUGUAGCUGUUCAGAUGGAUUUGAAGGUCGAAGAUGUGAGACUAAUAUUAAUGAGUGUUCCAGUGAUCCAUGUGAGAAUGGGUCUGAAUGUCAAGACAACAUUGAUUCGUUCACAUGUGUUUGUUCUCCUGGUUUCUUUGGUACAUUAUGUUCCUUUGAGAUCAAUGAAUGCAAUCCUGACCCAUGUGUGAAUGGAGCAACCUGUAUAGAUGGUAUAGCAACGUAUCAGUGUAACUGUGUUAGUGGUUACACUGGUGAGAAUUGUGAGACUGAAAUCGACGAGUGCGACAGCAUACCCUGCAAGAACGGAGGUGAAUGCAGAGAUGAAUUGAAUGGAUACAGCUGUGACUGCGUUGAUGGAUUCAGUGGUAUUAACUGUGAGGAAGAUGGCAAUCAGUGCAGCAGUAACCCUUGUCAGAAUGGUGCAACCUGUGUGGAUCUUAUCAGGGCGUAUCAGUGUGUUUGUGUAACCGGCACCAGAGGAUCCAAUUGUGAGAUUGAUGAGUUUGACGAGUGCAUCAGUGAUCCAUGCCAGAACCAAGGAACCUGCAUCAAUGGGAUCAAUGAAUACAGGUGUAACUGCAGUGAAGGCUGGUUUGGAAUGAACUGUGAAUUGGAUGGCGAUCAAUGUGAUUCUGACCCCUGUCUCAAUGAAGCAACCUGCGUGGAUGAUAUCAUGUCCUAUACCUGUCAAUGUCCUCCAGGAUUUACAGGUACAAACUGUGAACAGGACAUCAAUGAAUGCUCCAGUUCACCCUGUAGUGCUGGCUCAACAUGUGAGGAUCAAAUCAAUGGAUACCAGUGCAUUUGCCUUCCAGGAUUUACUGGUCUGAUAUGUGAUAUAGACAUUGACGAAUGUUCAAGCGUACCAUGUGUGAACGGAGCCACCUGUCAGGAUGUAAUAGAUGGCUAUGAAUGCACCUGUGUACCCGGUUACACUAAUGUAAACUGUCAGGAUGAGAUUGAUGAAUGUCUUCCACAACCAUGCAGCAAUGAUUCAACAUGUCGAGACGUCGUCAAUGGAUUUGUCUGUGACUGUUUCCCUGGAUUUACUGGUCGGCUCUGUGAGACAAACAUCAAUGAGUGUUUAAGUAACCCCUGCAGCAAUGGUGCCACCUGCAUGGAUGACAUUAAUGGUUAUGUCUGUCACUGUGCAGCGGGGUAUGAAGGAGAAAGAUGCGAGACGGAGAUAGAUGAAUGUCAGAGCAACCCUUGUCUUAAUGGAGCUUCCUGUCGGGAUGAGUUUGAUUUGUACAUUUGUGAAUGCAUAGAGGGAUACACAGGGACUAACUGUGAGACAGAUAUUGAUGAUUGUAUCAGUGACGACUGUGAGAAUGGAGCAAGCUGCGUUGACGAGGUGAAUGGAUACAGCUGUAGGUGUGCACCAGGAUUUCAAGGCGAUAGAUGUGAAGCUGACAUUCAAGAGUGUCUUAGUGUACCAUGUCGGAACGGAGCAACCUGCAUUGAUGAGAUCAAUGGCUAUUCCUGUGAAUGCAUGUUUGGAUUCACUGGCAUCCUCUGUGAAACUCAAAUUGAUGAAUGUGCCAGCACUCCAUGUGCAAAUGGAGGCAUCUGUAAUGAUUUGAUAGGAGCCUUCAGUUGCACCUGUGCUGCAGGAUUCAUUGGGGACAGAUGUGAGACGGAAGUACUGGAGUGUGCUAGUACACCAUGCCUGAAUGGGGCUACAUGCAGAGAAGAAAUUGCACGAUACACAUGCACCUGUCCAGUGGGUUUUACUGGUAUUCAUUGUGAAACUGAAAUCGAUGAAUGCGCAAGCUUGCCAUGUCAGAAUGGAGGACAGUGUACUGAUUUGAUUGGUGGGUAUAACUGCUCCUGUCUUCUUGGCUUCUCUGGUGUCAACUGUGAGGUGAACAUCCAGGAGUGUGACAGUGAUCCUUGCCAGAAUGGUGCUUCAUGUGUAGACCAGAUUGGCAGAUACAACUGCCGAUGUGUUGAAGGAUUCCAAGGAACAGAAUGUGAGAUCAAUAUUGAUGAAUGCAGUAGUGGACCUUGUCAAAACCAAGCAACAUGUGUUGAUCUUGUCAAUUCUUACAGAUGUGACUGUCUCCCAGGCUACACAGGGAACCAAUGUGAAAUCGAUGUUGACGAAUGUGAUGAUGAUCCUUGUGAAAAUGGAGCAACUUGCAUGGACUUUGUCAAUCUCUUUUUAUGUGUAUGUCUUCCAGGAUACACUGAUCCGACAUGUUCCACAAUUAUCAACGAAUGUGAUAGCGACCCUUGCCAGAAUGGUGCCCCAUGUAUUGAUCUGAUAGCAAGUUAUACUUGUGAAUGCUUGCCAGGUUUUCAGGGUAUCAACUGCGAAGCAGAUAUUGAAGAAUGUGCUAGUGAUCCUUGUCGAAAUGGGGCAACUUGCGAAGAAGGAGUAAAUGGAUAUAACUGUUCUUGCAUCGAAGGAUUUACUGGAACAUUCUGCGAGGUGAAUGUUGAUGAGUGUUCCAGCAACCCAUGCUCGAAUGAAGCUACCUGCAGUGACCUUGUCAACUCUUAUCGUUGCCUUUGCCCUCCAGGUUUCCAAGGCUCUGAGUGCAGCACUGAAAUUGAAGAGUGUUCCAGUGAUCCUUGUCAAAAUGGAGCCACUUGUUUGGAAGAGAUUGCACGCUACAUCUGCGUUUGUGCCUCAGGGUACACAGGUGUACACUGUGAGUUUGAAAUUGAUGAAUGUGCUUCAAGUCCCUGCAUGAAUGGAGGACAGUGUACAGACCUGUUGAACCAGUUUCAGUGUGAAUGCUUACCUGGUUUUGAAGGAGAGCGUUGCGAAACAAACAUUAAUGACUGCGCCAUUGGUCCCUGCUUAAAUGGAGCCGAGUGUCGAGACAUGAUCAAUCAGUAUACAUGCAUCUGUCUGAAUGGGUUUACAGGGACCAACUGUGAAGCUGAUAUAGAUGAAUGUGAUAGUGAUCCAUGCAUUAAUGGAGUUUGUCUGGAUAGGAUUGGACAGUUCUUGUGCAACUGCACACUUGGAUAUCAAGGUGACACAUGUGAAAUAGAAACAGAUGAGUGUGCCUCGAACCCGUGUAUGAGAGGUUCAUGCAUAGAUUUUAUAGGUCGCUACGAAUGCCAAUGUGAAGCUGGAUACUCUGGAAGAAACUGUGAUUUAGAAAUUAAUGAAUGUUCAAGCAGUCCCUGUUUGAAUGAUGCAACAUGUCAAGACUUGGUCAACACUUAUAAUUGUAUCUGUGCACCAGGAUUCUUUGGGACUACAUGUGCCAAUGAGAUCAAUGAGUGUGGAAGUUCACCAUGCCAGAAUGGAGCCAACUGUACUGAUAUGAUAGCGGGUUAUGUUUGUGAAUGUCCCAAAGGCUACGAGGGUGCAAACUGUGAACUUGACAGAGAUGAGUGUUCAUCAAAUCCAUGUCUGAAUGGAGCCAUCUGCCAAGACUACUUGAAUGGAUAUCAGUGCCAAUGUGCAGCAGGGUUUCAAGGUAUCCUCUGUGAAGACAACAUUGAUGAGUGCUUCAGCCAGCCUUGUAGGAAUGGUGCCACGUGCGAGGAUGAGGUGAAUGGUUUUAGAUGUGUUUGUCCAGUUGGAUACACUGGUUCUGUCUGUGAUGAUGAUCUGGAUGAAUGUGCAAGUAACCCAUGCCUCAAUGGAGCAUCCUGUACUGACCUUCUUGCAGGCUAUACAUGCCAAUGUGCUCAAGGAUUCUCUGGAAUAUUUUGUGCUCAAAACAUUGAUGAGUGCGAUUCCAACCCUUGCCAGAACGGAGCAGCGUGUGUAGAUGGUGUUGCAGGUUUCACAUGCACCUGUUUACCUGGCUACACAGGGUCAUUCUGUGAGGCAGAGAUUGAUGAAUGUGAAAGUGAUCCUUGUCUGAAUGGGGCAUCCUGCCAAGAAGGUCUUGCUGGCUAUGCCUGUCACUGUACCUCUGGAUUUCUAGGGGACCACUGUGAAAUCAAUAUCGAUGAAUGUUUAUCAAGUCCAUGUAUGAAUAAUGCCACCUGCCGAGAUGCAGCUAAUGGAUUCAUCUGCUCAUGCCUUCCUGGAUAUCAAGGAGUAAGAUGUGAACUUGACAUUGACGAAUGCCAGAGUAACCCUUGUGAAAAUGGAGCCUCCUGUGAGGAUUUCGUCAACCGCUAUCAGUGCAGCUGUGCUGAUGGUUUUGAAGGAAUGACUUGUGAAAUUAAUCAAGAUGAGUGCGAGAGCAGUCCUUGUCUAAAUGGAGGACUUUGCAUAGAUGGGAUCAAUUCUUUUACAUGUAGCUGCAGCCCAGGUUACACAGGCGUCACUUGUGCUUUGGAAGCAGACGAAUGUGAAAGCUCACCAUGUGUAAACGGUGCCAGCUGUAGAGAUCAGUUCAAUGGAUAUGAGUGUCUGUGCCUGGAUGGGUAUGAAGGAGCAGAAUGCCAGAUUGAUAUCGACGAAUGUGGAAGCUUUCCAUGUAUGAAUGGAGCAACGUGUGUGGAUCUCAUCAACCGCUAUGUGUGCGAAUGUGCAACAGGAUUCGAAGGAGUCCAUUGUGAGACUGAGAUAGAUGAAUGCGCCAGCGGGCCAUGUAUGAACGGAGCAUCAUGCAUUGAUGGUAUCGGUGGUUAUCAAUGUCAGUGUGUUUCUGGCUAUACUGGUAGAAACUGUCAAUCGGAGAUCACAGAAUGUUCCAGUAUACCCUGUCAGAAUGGAGGGAACUGUACGGAUCUCAUCAAUGGCUAUGAGUGUUCAUGUCUGCCAGGUUUCCAAGGUAUACACUGUGAGAUCAACAUAGAUGAAUGCUCUUCGGAUCCAUGUGUGAACGGCGCCACCUGUCUGGAUGGCAUAGAUGGAUACACUUGUGAAUGUGCUCUGGGAUAUGAAGGUUCACAUUGUGAGACAGAAACAGAUGAAUGUUUGAGUAUUCCCUGCAUGAAUGGAGGGCUUUGUACUGAUCUCAUUGCCGGGUAUAACUGCUCGUGUUUGGCUGGAUUCCGUGGAGUAACCUGCGAGGUUAAUAUUGAUGAGUGUGCCAGUUUGCCUUGCCUCAACCAAGGUGAUUGUAUAGACUUGGUGGAUUCCUACGAGUGUAACUGUACCGGUGGUUUCUUCGGUACACACUGUGAGUUGGAUGGUGAUCAAUGUGAAGGUUCACCUUGUCUUAAUGGUGGAACCUGUCAAGACCUAGUCCUGGACUAUCAGUGUACCUGUCUUGAUGGACUAUCGGGAAGAAACUGCGAAGUAGAUCUGAUUGAUGAGUGCCAAAGCUCGCCGUGUCAAAAUGAAGGUGUUUGUAUAAACCUGGUAGGAGGGUACGAAUGUGACUGUGUGGGACCAUGGUUUGGUGAUCACUGUGAGCUUGAUGGAGAUCAGUGUGUUUCCUCACCAUGUCAGAACGGGGCAACUUGUUUAGAUGGCACUCUGUCCUUUCUAUGCAGAUGCGUGGAUGGAUAUUCAGGUAUCUUUUGUGAGACUGAGAUUGAUGAAUGUGCCAGCCAACCAUGCCAAAACGGCGCUACAUGCAAUGAUGUCAUCAAUGGAUAUACAUGUGAUUGUAUACCAGGGUACACAGGGGUUACCUGCAAUGUAGACAUCGAUGAGUGUGCUGGCAUGCCAUGCCGUAACGGUGCUACCUGUCAAGACCUCGUCAACAACUACACCUGCAACUGUCUUGGAGGCUACACAGGGUUGAACUGUCAAGUCAACAUAGACGACUGUGAGGAUAAUGAGUGUGAGAACGGGGCCAUGUGCAUGGAUGGUAUUCAAACCUACAUGUGUCUGUGUCAGCCAGGAUUCAGCGGUGAUCUAUGUCAGACAGACUUGGAUGAAUGCCAGAGCAACCCUUGUCAGAACAGCGCCCCCUGUGUUGACCUUAUCAAUGAGUUCUUGUGCGAUUGUCCCGCAGGUUACAAUGGUAGUCUGUGUGAGAUUGAGAUUGAUGAAUGCAGAUCUGAUCCUUGCCUCAAUGGUGCAACUUGCACGGAUGCCAUCAAUGGCUUCUUCUGUGAUUGUGCUUCUGGGUUUGAAGGCCUCACUUGCAGCAUAGAGAUUGAUGAAUGCAGUAGCAACCCAUGCUUGUUUAAUGGCAUCUGUAUGGAUCUGAUAGAUGGGUAUAACUGUAGCUGUUCACCUGGUUAUUCUGGCUUACGCUGUGAAACAGAGAUCAGAGAAUGCGCUAGUAAUCCUUGUCAGAACUCAUCUCCAUGUCUUGAUCUCAUCAAUGCAUAUUUCUGUAACUGCACAGCUGGGUAUGAGGGUGCUAAUUGUGAACAGGAAAUAGAUGAAUGUGCAGCCAACCCAUGCCUGAAUGAUGCUACCUGCAUAGACCUCCUCAACGGAUAUCGAUGUGAGUGCAGCGAGCAGUUCAGUGGGGCCACUUGUGAGAUAUUCAUUGACGCUUGCUCCUCCAAUCCUUGUAAGAACGAUGGGUCCUGUACCAACACCGGUGAUGGUCAGUUCUUCUGUACCUGUAUGCCUGGAUAUACUGGCAAUCUAUGUGAGGAAGAGAUCAUAGAGUGUGCCAGCAACCCUUGUCAAAAUGGAGCCACCUGUGUGGACAGAGUCAAUGGAUACACAUGCAACUGUGUGGCUGGGUUUACAGGUUCUAAUUGCCAGAUCAACAUUGAUGAAUGCAGCUCCAAUCCUUGUCUUUCUGACGGUACCUGUGCAGACGGGAUUAAUGGUUAUGUUUGUAGUUGCCAUAGCGAUAGAGCCGGUCUACGAUGUGAGUUUGAAUCCACGUGUAUCAACAAUCCCUGUUUGAAUGGAGCUCAAUGUAGUGACCCUCCGGGGGGUAUUGGUGACCCGAUCUGUGACUGUAUUCUUGGCUUUGAAGGAAGUCUGUGUGAAAUUAAUAUUGAUGAAUGCGCAUCGGGCCCAUGUCAGUUUGGUACUUGUGUAGAUGGUGUUGAUACUUACAGCUGUGAUUGUAACUUUGGGUAUACAGGACCUACUUGUAAUGAGAUUCUUCAAGUAUGUGACUCCAAUCCAUGUAAGAACAAUGCAUACUGCUGUCAGAUGGGAAAGGUUGGAUGCCCUCCCAACAUAGCUCCAGGAUUCUUCCAAUGCUACUGUGCCAAUGGCUACACAGGGAACUUCUGUCAAACGGAAGUUGACCUUUGCUCAGGUUCACCAUGUGCCAACAAUGGACAGUGUAUCAACAUGGCAUCAGGGUUUGAAUGUGAAUGUCGCACAGGGUACACCGGAGAGCUCUGUGAGACUGAUUUGCCCUGCACCCCUGAUCCAUGUGUGUUCGGUCGCUGCCAGUCUUUAGGUAGCGAUUACCAGUGCCUUUGUGAUGAAGGGUACACAGGAAGAGACUGUGAUGAGGAGAUUCAAGCAUGUGAUAGCUCACCAUGUCUUCAAGGGGGUGAAUGUGUACCUCAGGGGUCUGACUUCACAUGCCAAUGUCCUGAAUUCUACACGGGUCAAUUCUGUGAAACUGUCAUCACCCCUUGCGAUAGCAGCCCGUGCGUCAAUGGACUCUGUAACAAUGUGAACAAUACCGCAUAUACAUGUAGCUGUUACUCAGGAUUCACUGGACCGCAGUGUGAGAGGCGUAUACUACCUUGCGACAUUGAGCCAUGUGUUAAUGGUGUUUGUGUUAACCUUGUCAAUACCUAUAGAUGUGAUUGUGAAGAAGGCUUCCGAGGUUUGAACUGUUCGGUGAAGAUACUUCCUUGUGACAGUAAUCCCUGCAUCUUCGGAGACUGCAUGAAUGUCAAUGAUACACAUUUCACCUGCAUGUGUGAUAAUGGUUUUACUGGAUUUAGUUGUGAAUCAACUAUCCCUCCAUUCCCUUGUGAUAGCAACCCAUGUAUGAAUGGAGCCACGUGCAGCAAUGACGGAUUCAUUUCUUUCACUUGCGAAUGUUCAGAUAGAUUUGAAGGCGACAUGUGUGAAAAUGCCAUUCCGUUACCCUGUGAAAGUGACCCCUGUCUGAAUAGUGCAACGUGUGUAAAUGACCUUGAGGAUUAUUCUUACAGAUGUGAAUGCCCAUUUGGAUUCAAUGGUGAUGACUGUGGCAACAGGAUUCCAUUCCCAUGUGAAAGCUUCCCAUGUGCUAAUGGUGCUACCUGCUUCAAUGAUGGGUUCUCAGACUAUCGUUGUGUUUGUAGUGAAGGUUUCACGGGACGCAAUUGUGACACAAGGAUUCCAUUUCCUUGUGAAAGCAACCCUUGUCUAAAUGGAGCAACUUGCUCGAAUGACAAUCGUGCAUCAUAUACAUGUAAUUGUCCUGUUGGUUUUGAAGGCACGCGGUGUGAAACAAGGAUUCCUCUGCCAUGUGAAAGUGACCCUUGCCAAAAUGAAGCUGAAUGCCAGAACAACAAUUAUGACUCCUUCUCAUGUGAAUGUGCAGAAGGAUUCACAGGCACAUUUUGUGAGACUGCUAUUCCUCUUCCUUGCUCUAGCAAUCCUUGUGAGAACAAUGCAAACUGUACAGACUUUGGAUUCAUCUCAUACAGUUGUGAGUGUCCGGAGGGCUUCAGUGGUGAGCGCUGUCAGAGAGUGAUACCAAGACCUUGUGAGAGCAACCCUUGUAGCAAUGAAGCAACCUGCAUUGAUCAAGGAUUCACCUCCUUCACUUGCCAAUGUACACCAGAUUUUACAGGUUCUCUUUGUUCCACACCAUUACCCUGCCUCAGUGAACCUUGUCAGAAUGGUGGUACGUGCAUCAACCAAGGUUUUGAGUCAUUCUCUUGCCAAUGCUCCCAGGAUUUUACAGGAGAUUUGUGUGAAAAUCCAGCCCCUUGCCUGAGUAAUCCUUGCAGAAAUGGGGCGACUUGUUUGAAUACUGGAGAUGAGAGCUUUUCUUGCCAAUGUCCACCAGACUAUUCUGGCUUGUUUUGUGAGACCCCAGCUCCAUGUCUGAGCGAUCCAUGUCAGAACUUAGCACCCUGUCUCAACAGCUUGGACUUUACAUCUUUCACGUGUCAAUGUACAUCAGAAUACACUGGAGCCACUUGCGAGACGCCAGCACCUUGUCUGAGUAACCCAUGCCAGAAUUCGGCAACAUGCUCCAAUAAUGGUUUUGACUCUUACAUCUGUACAUGCCCACCCAGGUUUGAAGGAAAUAGAUGUGAAAGGGAGGUGCCAGAUCCAUGUGAUAGCAACCCAUGCCUCAACGGAGGGUCAUGUAGUGAUGACCUGGAUUCAUUUACCUGCAAUUGUCUGGAAGGUUUCAAUGGUACAACCUGCGCGAAUGUAAUCCCCAGACCUUGUGAUAGCAACCCUUGUUUGAACUCUGCCACGUGCCAAGAUGUUGGAUUUGUAUCUUUUACCUGUCAAUGUUCCCAAGGUUUUGAUGGCACUAGGUGUGAAGUGGAGUUACCUCCGGCAUGUAGCAGCAAUCCUUGUCUGAAUGGUGGAACUUGCAGUGAUGACGGAUCCCAAACAUUUUCGUGUGACUGUCCACCGGGCUUUUUUGGUUUAAGAUGUGAUUUGAAUGACCCAUGUGAUGAUAACCCAUGCUUAUAUGAGGGCAGAUGUACUAGUGAAGGGAAUAAUGUGAUAUGUGACUGCGCACCCGGGCGGACUGGUCCACUGUGCGAAAGUGAAGUAACAUCUUGUGAGCCUAACCCUUGCCUUAAUGAUGGAAUAUGCUUCAGUGAUAUCUUUGGUUUGUAUUGCUUUUGUCCCGAUGGCAUUAGUGGCCUCUGGUGUCAGUUUGCUCCGAGUGUAUGCUAUCCCAACAACCCUUGCCAGAACGGUGCCAUCUGCUAUCCAAAUGGAUCUAAGCCUUAUUGCGAUUGUGAGGAAGGUUUCACAGGACCUCUUUGUGAAGAAAGAGUCAGUGAUUGUGGGCCAUGUGUGAAUGGAGAUUGCGUGACUGGUAUCAAUGGAAAUUUUGAAUGCAGAUGCCCAACGGAAUUCAUCGGUCUUCUCUGUCAGUUUGACAACCCCUGUCUCUUCAACCCCUGUGUGAAUGGAGGCUCCUGUAUGGCCAAUGAGCUUGAUGGAAGCUUUGAAUGUCGGUGUUUAGAAGGGUUCUUGGGAGAUCUAUGUCAAGUCACAGAUCUCUCAGCGUGCGCCAGCAGCCCUUGUCUUAAUGGAGCUACUUGCACGGAUGUAGGGCAAGACAGCUUCCAGUGUACUUGCACCUCAGGAUACACUGGACUUAAUUGUGAUGUAGAGAUCAAUGAAUGUUUGAGCAACCCUUGCCAAAAUGGAGCAGAAUGCAAUGACUUUGUCAGUGGAUACAGGGAAGAAUGA